AAAGCCGCUCCACACGACAGACGAAAGUACGGCUCGCUGUUCGCUUCUGAAAGCGACAAAAUCCGUGAAGCGACCGGAUUGUCGGCGAUGAGCUGAUGAAGUUGUUGUGACAUCCUGGAGAGUGCACGCCUGCGCGCCCUUGGGCCCCGAAAACAUCGUUCCGAUCGGUUUCGCAUUCACCGGCACGAAGUUUCAGAGGCUCGAAAAUGUUCGAAUUCCCCAAGGACUGGGACGAUGACGAACGGAUGGCAUUUUUGUUCCGCGAUCUGAAACCCCGUCACAUCAACCCUCUGGGUCACGAUGAGAAAUUGGAUUUCUGGAAACGUCUCAUCUUGAAGUUCACGAAGCAGCGGAACAAAGCCAUAUUUUCAAUGCAGAGCCUGAUGGAAGACUUUACGAGGAAGAACUCGCAGCCGGUUUGUCUCUGGCCGGUUUUAGAAUCCCUGAAGAAGGAUGGCUUGAUCAGGCCUACGAGAGCGCCUGGCUGGGGUGAAUGGAUAUCGAGUUGGUUCGUGUCUCCCUCGCCUGAGCAGGGAACCGUAUUCGUGAACGCGAGAGUUUUCGAUAAGACUCUGAAGGAAGUCCGCGACGCUUUGCGCGGCAACAGAUAUUCGGGCACCCAUAUCCCGUACCAAGAUAUGUGGAACUCUUGUCGAAGAACAUGUGACGACAACGAAGCGCUUUUCAAGCUUGUCCUGGAGUCCAUGGCCGAUUUAACCGUCAAGGACGAUUUGGUGGUUUUCGCUGCUGAUUCGGACCUCAUAAAACUGAUGACAGACCAUGACAAAGCGCUGCUCUCGAUAAGCGAUGCGGUAAAUAAAAUCAGCGAGAAAAUUGAGCAACACAUUCAGCAAAUCAAGGAUUUGAAGGCCUUGGCCUUGAAGCACAAACAUGAAGGGAACCAAAAGUCGGCGAUGGCAGCUUUGCGUCGGAAACGACGCACCGAAGAACGCCUCGAGAAACAGUACGCCGUUCUCGACCAACUCUAUCAGAUGCACAGCGAUCUGGAGAGUCAGAAAGACAUGGCGAAGAUACUCGACGGCUUCAAGCUGGCUACUUCGGCUCUGAAGUCGGCCAAUAGCGACAUUGAUAAGGCUCAUAACAUUGUGGAUGAAUUACAAGAUGCCGCAGCGGAACAUCGAGAUAUCGAGGAAAGCAUCUCGAGUGCCUUGACUCCUGAAGCACAACAGUCAGAACUCGAAGAAGAGCUCCAGCGGCUGCUUGAGGAAUCGGAACCGAUUCCAGAGUUGCCAUCGGUUCCUUCGGUGGAGCCCGGAUCGAGCAAAACCAAAAAGGACUUCGUCGGGGAUACAGAGCCCCAACAGAAGAAGAGGGUGCCGUUAGGCUACUUCGACUGAGAUGGACCUGUCUUGUUGGGUCGAAACUAUUGGCAUAUUUUUUUUAUCCUGUCAAAACAUGAGUUUGGUACAACAAGUGCUGCUCGACGUGAUUCCCGAGCC